CCUACGGAGCACGUCAGCCCCUGCGGACUCUCCCAGCGAAGACACGGCAGGCUGCGGACUGGAACUUGGAAGAGGACACCUCUUCGAGGAGCCUCUGCUGAGCCUCGGGAGAGUGGUGUCCGCCUCCCCGCCGCGCCAGCUUGGGCAGGGACGCCAGCUUUGGGGCCCCCAUCCGGAGGCAUGUGGCUGCCGCGCAUCUCCAGCACGGCGGUGACCGUGCUCCUGCUGGCGCAGACUGGCAUCCUGCUUUUCCUGGUCUCCUGGCCCAGGCCGCCGUCCCCAGCGGUCGGCAAAGAGCGGGUGCACGUGCUGGUGCUGUCCUCGUGGCGCUCGGGCUCGUCCUUCGUGGGCCAGCUCUUCAGCCAGCACCCCGACGUCUUCUACCUGAUGGAGCCCGGCUGGCACGUGUGGACCACCCUGUCGCAGGCGAGCGCGCCGGCGCUGCACAUGGCCGUGCGCGACGUGGUGCGCUCCGUCUUCCUGUGCGACCUGGACGUGUUCGACGCCUACCUGCCGUGGCGCCGCAACCUGUCGGACCUCUUCCAGUACGCGGUGAGCCGCGCGCUGUGCUCGCCGCCCGCCUGCAGCGCCUUCCCGCGCGGCGCCAUCAGCAGCGAGGCGGUGUGCAAGCCGCUGUGCGCGCGGCAGCCCUUCAGCCUGGCGCAGGAGGCCUGCCGCGCCUACAGCCACGUGGUGCUCAAGGAGGUGCGCUUCUUCAACCUGCAGGUGCUCUACCAGCUGCUCAACGACCCCGCGCUCAACCUGCGCAUCGUGCACCUGGUGCGCGACCCGCGGGCCGUGCUGCGCUCGCGCGAGCAGACGGCCAAGGCGCUGGCGCGCGACAACGGGAUCGUACUGGGCACCAACGGCACGUGGGUGGAGGCCGACCCCGGCCUGCGCGUGGUGCGCGAGGUGUGCCGCAGCCACGUGCGCAUCGCCGAGGCCGCCACGCAGAAGCCGCCGCCCUUCCUGCAAGGCCGCUACCGCCUGGUGCGCUUCGAGGAUCUGGCGCGGGCGCCGCUGCCCGAGAUCCGCGCGCUCUACGCCUUCGCGGGCCUGAGCCUCACGCCGCAGCUCGAGGCCUGGAUCCACAACAUCACGCACGGGGCCGGGCUGGGCGCGCGCCGCGAGGCCUUCAAGACCUCGUCCAGGGACGCGGUCAAUGUCUCCCAGGCCUGGCGCCACGCACUGCCCUUCGCCAAGAUCCGCCGCGUGCAGGAGCUGUGUGCUGGCGCGCUGCAGCUGCUGGGCUACCGGCCCGUCGCCUCCGAGAGCGAGCAGCGCGACCUCGCCCUGGACCUGGUGCUGCCGCGCGGCCCUAGCAGCUUCAGCUGGGCGUCAUCCACUGCGGCACACCCCUAACCUUGGCGGAGGCCCCCACUUGUGGCGCUGGGGAGGGAGCCGGGCACACGGGGCGCAGGCCGCUUUGGGAGGGGCCAGGAGUUGGGGAGUCCUCCUCUGUAGUAUGAAUGGACUGAGUCCCCAAAGCUCCAUGUUUCUUCUUGCUUCUGAAUUUUCUUUUGAGUCCUCCUUAGCAGCUGGGUUCCCAUCAGGCGCACACUUCAUCGAAAGCAGAGCUGUGUCCACACUUCCUCUGGGCACAGGGAGUAAGUUCAGACCGCUUGGCUGCUCCUUGAGUCCUUUCUUCCUCGGUCUCUUUUCCUUUUGGAUGCAUCAUCCAGCCCCUGAGAAGGGGGUCCCAGCCCUGCCUGGGAGCAGAGAAGAGGCACUGCGGUG